GGAGUCGAAGAAUCCAUUCAGUAUGUUGGACAGCAUGAUGUUCGGCGUGAGGAACAGGAUGGAGGACAUGCACAGAAACUUUGAGAACCUGUCCACAGACUCGAACGGCAACACCAACGCCCACUCAUUCAGCUCUUCCUCAGUGAUGACCUAUUCCAAGGUUGGAGACGAACCCCCCAAAGUGUUCCAGGCCUCCUCCCAGACACGGCGCGCCCCCGGCGGGAUUAAGGAGACUCGGCAGUCCCUGAAGGACUCAGAGAGUGGUCUGGAGAAGAUGUCCAUUGGACACCACAUCCAGGACCGAGGACACGUGCUGGAGAAAAAACACAACAAGAAGACAGGGGAACGGGAGCUCAACCAGGACUUCCAGAAUCUGGAUGAAUCCGAGGCACAGUCCUUUGACGAAGAGUGGCAGCAAGAGGUGUCUAAAUUCCGACCAUUUGCCCCCAAGUCCAGUCUGGAGGCCCCCAAGCCUAAGGUGGUGCACCGGGCAGCCCUCACUGCCGCCACCGGCACCGACCAGGGACGUAGGGACAAAGCAAACCCAAAACCCGAAGGAAGAAAGAUACACAUCGAAGAUCUCAAAGUCAAAGGAUCAGGCAUGGUGAAGCAGUAGAAAUGUCUAGCAAAUAAAGCUACAUCAGGCAACAACUCUUUGAUGCUUUUACCUGUCUCCAAGACAAGUUUGGUUUCCAGGUAUUUUGUCUCACAGGAAAUCAGACAAUGACCCAGUUGUUAUGCUUUUUACCCUUUCAUUUUCACACUAACAAGUAAAGUAAAGAACACUUGUCAAGUCAGGCACUUAUUCUGUCAGAGUAGAUCCACACAAGCUUCUUCCAGAAAGCUCAGGACUCCUGUGGAAGUAGCAUUAAGACAGGCACACAUAAGCUACUAGCGAUUAUAUGUGAUAUAUGAUUUCAGAAUCAUGACAUGAGAGCAGACAUGUGUCACAUGUUAUAUCAUUGGGCAUCAGAUCAACAGCAAUGUUAUCUCAGAAAUACUAUCCUUCUGCUUUUGGAAAUGUCAUGUUCACAUUGUAUAGAUUGCAUCAAAAGGAAACAAACGUAUAUAUUUAUGCAGUUAGACAUUUGAAGUCCAUAAGUGCACUUAGACGUCAAACUUGUGUGCUUUUUAUGUGUAGUGGCCAUUGUUUUAUUAAUGUAUUUUACCUGCUGUAAUCUUUGUAAAAAAUGAUAAUACCCUUUUUAUAUUGUUAUUUGACAUGGGGUUCUCUUGUUUUUCACCAUGCUAUUAAUUUAUACCAUAAAACACAGAAUUUAUGGUUGGGAUGAAAGUGUCCGGUUCAUUCUAAAAUAUUCUUAUCAUGGUAUUCUUAUAGCUUGAACUCAUAAGAUCCUCAAUUUGAAAAAUAAAUAUUUCAUCUCAAAAGCAAA